AGUCCCACGCCAACCACGGAAGGGAGAAGUAUACUGCUUCUCCAUCCGGGCCUCAUCACUCGCCGCUGCAUCACUCGCUCCCUUCACGCUCAGGAGAAAACAGACUGUGAAUUUUGUGGCGAGUGGAGAACUUUCCCCUCGCAGCCUUAAUUAAUACGUGUUGAAACCACUCGUCAGGUAGUUGAACCAAGAGAAAAAGACGAGUAAGGGUGAGUGAGUGAAGAGGAGAUGAGGUGGCGGCGGAGUGAGUGAUUUGAUUCGGAAGACGAGACAGGAUCGCAAAGUUCACUCUGUCUGCUGCAGGAUGGCGGGAAGCAAACGACUGUGGCUCAACUGUUACUGUUUACUGCUGGCGACACUGCUAAGGAAAGGGUGCUGCGUGUGUUACUUCCCCGGGGAGCUACAGGGCGUGUGGGAGACUCAGGUUACUAGCGAGGGAGGCGCAGGAGGCGGAGGGAGGGGCGCGGCGCCUUUCCUUAGCUACCAGAGCAUCACCAUUCACUCCGACUCGGUGCAGGAAUGGGGAGUGUGCUGGGAGAGGCUGGACAGUACCGUCAUUCUGGCUGACAGCACGGGGGCAAGUCAGUGCUUCAGGUGUGUAAGUGUGCGGCUCGUGGCGCCUCAGGUGCUGCAGGUGUGGACUCCGGGACUCCAAACCUGCUACACCACCAAGGAGGCAGCGUACCAAACCUGCCCCACACAUGCCGAGAUUGCUGAGAAGCGAGCCACUCUUCUUAUGCUUUACAAGAGCCGGUCAGUACUGGGGGAGAAGGAGGUGCGUGUGGUGGGGUGUCCCUUCGACGGCCGGUACACUUUCACCUACGAGCGGGCAGGCGGGGCGGGCGGCGCGUGUCCUCAGCCCACCUCUGAGAUGUCCAAUUGUCCCCUCGGCUUCGGGUACAAUGUCACGUAUCGGGACUGUUCCUUCAGCCCUGUGCCUAUCAGUCGCGGUCUGCAGUGCCUCGGCUCUUGGGUGGGCGAGGACGAGAUCAGCUACCUGGCAGUGAGGGACACCAGCGCCACACCUGAUCAGCCACACCUGCCGCGCUUCAGGUGUGGGAUGUUCAAGGAGGAGGCGGGCACGGCGCGUGUGUAUCUGGCACUCAGCAACGACACCACCUGUACUAAUGGGCUCUACUCUCCCACCAGCGGACACGAGACCUACGUUCUGACUUCAGUGCCCGCCCCGCCUCUGCCUCCCAUCGUCAGCGCCUCCUCCUGCGCCUUCCCCAGGAGUCUUCAAGGGCACUGGCACCAUACUUACGUGGGGAGUGACACGGCGCUCUUCCGGGACUACAUUAACCAUAAGACGUACAGUGUGAGUUGUAUAGAAGACAUGAAUGACGGGGAGAGAUUCCUCGUGUACGCCCGCACCCACUGCGGGGAGUGGAGUUACAACUGCUUCUGGAUGAAACGACGAAGCGCAAACAUUCUGGAACACAUGCUGGGUCGGUACCCGAAGGAGACGUUGGAUCGCACUCUCUGUGAUCCUCGGAACUUCGGAGACAAGACAUCGUGGAUUACGCAAGGAAAGAGCCUGGUGGUGGAGCCCACCUCGUGUCCCAUCGUGGGCCGCUACACGGGCGAGCUGCCUGACGCCUCGGGGAUCUGCGCGGAGCUCUACUCUGACUGCGCGUCGCCCAAAUACAUGUCCUUCACUGUGGCGGAAUGCCGCAACACCUCUGCAGUCUACGAGCAGUCGCAGCCGGCGGGGCCCACCAGCGAGGCGGGACCGUGGGUGCCGCCCGAGCAGCAGGUCAGCACGGGUGCCGUCCUCACCUUUGUCCAGGAUGCCCGCGUCCCGAGGCGAGGCAGGCAGGCCAGGCAGGCCAGCGGGGGACAGUUCCGUGUGGCCAACGCCCGCACCACCACCAUCUCCUGGUUGUGGGGCACCCCCGCCACCCCCUCCACCACCACGACCACCACUACCACCACCACCACCACGGCCCCUCCUGCUACCUCCAGGUCCCGCUUCCAUCCCGUGCCAACGUGGCGGCGGCCCCUGCCCCCCGUGCCUCCAGAAGACAGGUUUCCUGUCCAGGGCAGCGGCAGCAGCAGCAGCACCUUCUCCCCGUCACCCCCGCAGUCCUUCCCACCAUUCAACCGCGGCCUCAAUCCUAUUGGCUUUUGGCCCAACAACCCCGGCGUGGACGCCCGCCCUCUGCCUCCCGGGGCGAGCGUGGCGGGUGUCCCGAGCCCAGUAGUGGAGCCUCCCCCGCUCCCUGAGGACCAGUCUGAGGCACUGGGGGUGCCGGGGCGCGCCACGUGGGUACCCGGGGCCCCGCCUGGGUUCCACUCAUCUCAUAACGCCACGGAAAGCAGCUCUUCGCAGGAGUCCGCGGCAGGGGUCGCCGGCCCCGUGGUGGUGCCGAGCCCCGGCCCUCUGCCGCCUGGUGUCGUCUCUCAGCUCCCUGCCGGCCAGCGCACCCUGAAGCAAGAGCGGGAGUACCAGUGUCUCGGGCAGUGGACAGAAGACAAGCGCAUCUACGCCCUCACUUUCCGUCGCGAUAUCAGAACGUAUGAGUGUUUUGUGGGCGUGAUUCUGCCGGACGGCACUGUGUUCAUCAAGGAGGCCGAGUCUGAGGCGGGGUGCUCAAGGAAUGUGCAGCCUGAGGUCCUUGGGAUGAAGCUAAGUAAACUGGAGGAGUGCCCAGAUAGUUCUCGGCAGCCCUUCACCAGCAUCCCGCAGAGCUCCCAGCGCAGCGCCAGUUCCCGACCGACGCCGCGCCCCACUAAGCCGUGGAAACCCAUCACAGGUCGUCCUCGGGCCCGUGGUUCUGGUGGUGGGGGGACGACCUCACCCUCCACCUCCCUUCUCUGCCUCUCCAUCCUCGCCCUCAUCGCCUCCCUUCGUUCCCUGGCCAGCAGCUCCUAUUAGCCUCCAGACGGCGGCUCCACCCUCAAAAAGACACUGGCCAGUCUCUUAUUAUAUCGAGUUAUUUAAGUGCAUUAUAAAAAUCGUGUUUGUAAAAAAUAUGCGUGGUUAAUUUUAAGAGAUUUCUAUUGAUUCAAGACGUUUAUUGUUUCGACGGCUCUGUAAGGCGUUCUGAGGUCUCUACCGUGCCUGUACUUAAGAUAACAGUGAUAGGGUUAAAGCAUGGCAGAGUACUAUUAUACGUUGGUACUUUGAUUAUGGUUUCGUGGGGGCAGUUUCAAUAGUAUGAGGCGGGCGUCCGUAGCUAGCGUUACUAUUAUCAUGUAGUGUCGAACCGAACGUAAUAAGCCAGCAUUAACACAAGACAUUUGCACAAUAUACCUAAGUCACUGAACUAGUCAACGUGGUUACUGAAAGGGGGUAAUUGAGACUUUCUUGACGUAUAUACCAAAGCACAGUGCUGGUAGUGUGUGUGUGUGUGUGUGUGUGUGUGUGUGUGUGUUUUCUGACAGAUGGCUGUAAUUUUAAUAUACGCACCAUAGUUUGCCUUCCCACAGUUCACGAUAGACAUGUAUAUAUAACUUUAAUGGAACCUGUGCACUCUAUAUCCAAACUCACCCUAUGUCUACGUAGCCUGUUUUAAUUUUCCUCCCUUUUAAAUAUUACAACAGCUAUACUAGGUCAUUAUGUUUUUCGUAUUAUCCACCUUCUGAUAAUCACCGAGUCUUUUCAACACUUCCUCGCCGCUUCUCGGUUCCUCAAUAAAGUUAUCUUAGGAAGACAUGGACGUGUAAUAACAGUACCUCACAAACAUCCAUUUUAACCUUAUGUAACUAUUAAUUUAUACACUACGUUUAGCCUCCUACCUCGAGACAUGGAAUUUUCUCGAGUGUGUGUUGUAUUACUGUUAAAAUGAACCCGUGUGUGUGUGUGUGUGUGUGUGUGUGUGUGUGUGUGUGUGUGUGUGUGUGUGUUACGAUAGUUCACCAUAUAAUAGUCUACAAUAGUGGAUGCAAAGAAAACGAGAGACUGACCACACGUUGAAGUGUAAACAGUGAGUGAAAUGAACGAAGCAUGACCUGAAAAUGAUAAAACAUUCUGACAGGACGCAGUUGAGAAAAUAAUACAAAAUCUCAUUGAUAAAAAUCGCCAGAAAAAAAAUGACGUUAGGAAAUUACCAAAGAUUUAUGAACGUGACACAAGACAAGAUAAAGAACAUUGUGACGACAGAGAGGCGAAAGGUACUUACGACACCCUAAAUUUUCGGUAAGCCGGGUCUGACAUUUACUGGUCUUCUCCAAAUUCUCAGGUGCAUGAUUAUUAUUCGACUGUUGUUUUCUAGCAUGGAAAUUUUUGUGGAUAUGUUAAUUGAUACGUGUGAAAUUAAGUUGAAAAUGACGUGGUGAGUGAGCUAAUGACAGGACAGCGACCGCAAUGAACUUGAUAUUGUAGAAGAAUGAGGAAUGUGUUCAUGAGUCACCCUUUUAAAAGCAGGGUAAUUAUCAAGGGUGUGUUAGCUGAUAAACUUAUUCUCAUAACUUUCAUGCUCUUAAAUGUAAUAAUAGAAUAUAUUCAAACCAUAACUAAAAUCUAACGAUCAAUUCUUCCUAUUGACUUCGCUAAUUUUGAUCCCUAAAUCUAAUGUAUCUUAACCCUACAACUUAAACUUAACUUGAAUCCAACAUAUAUACCUUAUCAAGUAAAAAAAAAAAAAAAAAAAAAAAAAAA